AUGAUGAUGUUUAAACAGGUCUCCGGGGCAUCAAAGGCUACACUGCGCUUCUCAUUCUGCGCCGCAUCCUCCGCACUAGAGGAAUACGAGCAUCUUGGGAAAGAGGUUUUCGGCAGACCUGUCGGCGGUCAGCUCGGUCGAGUCGUCAGGGGCAUCACCGGAUCCCCCUUUUAUAAUAUCGCUAACCUGCAAAACGCAAUCCAGUUCGUCAUAAAGAAAAGGGGUAUCCCGCCCGAUAACAAGUCAGAGCCAAGCUGCAAAGUAAUCCUGUAUGCAACCAGGAUAGAAAGUGGCAAGGCAGACAUCCUCCGCAACUACGAGUCUUGUCAUCCGACAGCAGAAAACUAUGACUGCCGAAUAUGGGAAGCCGCCAGCGCAACAGCCGCCGCUCCCAUGUACUUCAAAGCUAUCAAGUUUGCGGCAAGUGGCGAGCGCUGGUGUGAUGGAGCCAUUCGCCGAAACAACCCGAUCAACGAAGCACUUGCCGAGCUAGCUAGAGAGCCAGAGUGGCAAAACAAGAAGAUAGGAUGCAUCCUAAAUCUUGGCACUGGACUCGCACGGAGCAGAUCUGUCUCAUCGAACCUGGCCGGCUUUCUCAAAGGGGCGCUUAAGAUGUUGACCGAUGCUGAGGACACGGCCAAGGUCUUUUCCGCGUCUGCCCUUGGGAGGGAGCUCGCUCAAACACACCGUUAUUUUCGAUUCAACGUGCCCCACGGAAUGGAGGAUCUGCAGAUCGACGAGUGGAAGGAGACAGAAAGGAUGAAGGCGAUGACGACCGAAUAUCUCAGUCAUACCGACAACGGAGAUUCUAUCAUGAGAUGUGCAAAGACACUGCUAUAUCCGGAUGAGAAUUCCUUCUUUUCCCCCCAGAUGAGGCGUGGCCAAAUCUUUGCUCUCUGGGGCCUCGGUGGCACCGGGAAAACCCAAAUUGCUUUGGACUUCUCUCAGAGUAUGAAAGACAGACUGUCCAUCUUUUGGAUUCGCGCGGACAACCUCGGAAACUUUAUCGCCGAUUAUUCGCGGGUUUUGCCCCUAUUGAACCCCGAGCUCGAUGGAUUGUCACCGCAGGAGGUUAUGUUGUCACUCCUGGCGAGGACUCGAGACAAGCUGGAAGAGCUAGCAGGCGACUGGCUACUGAUUCUGGACAAUGCGGACCAUCUGAACGACUUCAUUGGAGUCCCGGACAAGGACGGACCACGCAUUUCCAAAUACGUCCCCAGGCGAGGACGGAUUCUGAUAACAACACGGGACCGACGUUUCCAGGGGUUGGCCGCCGCAGCGAGCGAUGGACUGUGUGUCGAGCCAAUGAUACGGUUGGAAGCUAAAGACCUUUUACUCAAGUACGUUCCCAAUCACCUUGUUCGGCCCAGCGCUGUCAAUACACUUAUGGCUGAUGACUUGGUGGAGAAGCUCGGCUGCCUGUCGCUAGCCCAGAUGUCCUUCGCAGAAUACGUGGGUCUCUUCCGAGAAAAGCGACGUCGACUUGAUCUGAUGGCCUCACUAGCUUAUGACUUUGCGAAUAAAGAUGUCCGAAACGGCAUUUCUUCGUCGCCCUUAUCUGUCACCUUCCUGCAGUAUCUCGCAUGCUUUUACUGGAGAGAAACACCGCAAAUAUUGCUGAGACGUCUGCCUGAGUUUCAUGAUCUCGACGAUGUUUCGUUUCUUCAGGUUACGAAGAGGCCACUGGCAUUGUCAUUGAUCGACCAGACGCUGGAUGAGGACCCUCGGCUCUCCAGCUACAGUGUCCACCCAGUCCUCCACAAAGUCAUGACGGCCGAGCUCUCUAUAGAGGACAAGCGCCGUAUGCUAAGUCAUCUAACCCCAAUCAUAUCAAGUGUAUUCCCAACCGUUCCAGCCCCGGCAACCGAAAGCUGGCCUUGGCGCCGAUUCCAUAGCCAUUCCAGCAUGUUUAAUGCUGCGGCCGACAUGGCGGACGCAGCUCUGUCAAUGGCAAGCCAGCUCAUUGGCCCCGAAAACGAGUUGAGACAUUAUUUCCGACGAAAUGCGAUCGAAAGACUCAAUGACGCCGGAAGAUAUGAUCGCGCGGAGGCAGAAUGCUCAUUGGCCCUGGAACUCCUGGAGGCGCGGGCGGCUACCACAUCACUCGAUACGAAGGCAUACAACAAGGAGAAAGUCCUGCUCCUGGACUAUCUGUCCAUUGCUCUUCGCGACAGGCUCGGUUAUGGUAUGCUCGAAUCAAUAUACAAAGAACAGCUUCACUGCCAACAAGCCGAGCAAUGGUCUGCUGAAGAUGUCGUUGAAAAGAGACUGCAUCUCAUCAUGCUAAAUCUGAGGGCAUUGAUCAUGAGGACGGGAGACGACGUCUGGCAGAACCUUGACCAGGUCAUUGCACUUUACGAGCGCGUCCUACACGAGACCUUGUCGGUUGUUGGCAUCGACGACAAAGAAACUUGGAUCGCUCUGAAUAACCGACUGGGAUCUCUGAGCCAGGCGCUACGAAUGAACGAGAUCCACCAGACCGCCACCAUGUACUUGAACCACCAUCUGGCCAGAGAGGGGCCGGUAAAAGGCGCCCGCGCAGCUGAGUUUGCAGAGCUUCUCGACCGAUGGAGCUACGUUUCCGGGAUUGAGGACGUCAUCAAGAGUGGGAGCAUCAAUCGCCUCUCUCACCUCAACUCGCUCAAUUCGUAUGGUGUAUACCUUCAGUAUCACGGGAGGUACGAGGAAGCGGUGACUGUCCACCGUAAAGUUAUCCGUCAGCUGGAGGGCAGAGACGAUGGCCUUGGGCGACUCUCGCAUUGCAAUUUCAUGCUUGCCUUAGCGAAGGCCGGCCGGGAGGACGAGGCCCUCGCGUUUAGACGGGAGCAUAAGGAACUGAUAAUGCCCAUGGAGGCUGUAUAUGGGACACUCGAGCAGCGGCAAGAGGAGCGUAAGAAGGAAAUGAGGGUUUACGAAGAAGCAAAGUCGCGGAUCGAGAGAAAGUCCCUUUGCCAGCAGGAUCAGUGGUGGCUCGAUAACGCCACUACCGUUCGACGGGUGGGACUCCGUCUUGAUCACGACCUUGUACCUCUUCCAUGA